AUGGAAAUCCAAGCAGCACCGCCAGCUCAUCAGGCCCCUCUUAGUCCAUCGCCGCAUCUUCUCCCCCCAAUUUUCCAGUCCGACACGGCCCCACCACAAAUGAUCACCCAAGGCGCAGAAGCCCUCCUCUACCGCACCACCUACCUCCUCCCCACCCUGCCUUGCGCCCUCAAAUACCGCCCCUCAAAACCCUACCGGCACCCCAUACUUGAUGCGCGCCUCACGAAACACAGAAUACUAUCUGAAGCGCGGGUAUUGGUGAAGUGUAGGAGGGAAGGCGUGCCGGUCCCCGCUGUGUAUGCGGUUGAUGAACGCGAGGGCUGGGUUAUGUUGGAGUGGGUUGAGGGGGAGGUGGUUCGGGUCAAGGUUAAUGAGUGGUUGAGGCGGAGGAAGGAAUUGGGUGUUGCGGAAGGGGUGGAGGAGGAGGUGUUGAAAGGGCUCAUGGGCAGGAUUGGGAGGGCGAUUGGGAGGAUGCACGGGGGUGGGGGAUUGUGCAUGGGGGAUCUGACGACGAGUAAUUUGAUGCUGAGACCUAAGAGGGAGGAUACUGUUAAUGGGGAGGGUAGUAGAAAUGCGGGAGAUGAGGUGUUGGGUGGAGAGAUUGUGUUGAUUGAUUUUGGGCUUGCGAGUCAGAGUUCAGCGGAUGAGGAUAGGGCUGUGGAUUUAUAUGUGCUGGAAAGGGCAUUUGGGAGCACGCAUCCUAGAGCAGAGGGGCUGUUCUCGGAAUUACUCGGUGCUUAUGGAACAAGUUUCAAAGGGGCGAAUGUUGUGUUGAAGAAGUUGGAGGAAGUUAGAAUGAGGGGUCGGAAAAGGAGCAUGUUAGGGUAA